GCAGGAGCCUCAGGAUGAGCUCUCAGUUCCGUCGCGUGCUGUAUGGCGCUCGGCUCUUCUCAGCGCUUCGGUAUGGCGGCCGCGGGUGCCGAGGUGACCCGACUGCUAGUGCUCUUGCUGAUGGCAGCCGCGGCUCCUAGCAGAGCCCGAGGCAGCGGCUGCCGGGUCGGGUCCUCCGCGCGCGGGACUGGGGCUGAUGGCCGUGAAGCGGAGGCCUGUGGCACUGUGGCAUUGCUGCUGGAGCACUCAUUUGAGAUUGGUGAUGGAGCCAACUUCCAGAAGCGCGGCUCACUGCUCUGGAACCAGCAAGAUGGCACCUUGUCGGCGACACAGCGACAGCUCAGUGAGGAGGAGCGGGCCCGACUCCGGGAUGUGGCUGCCGUCAAUGGCCUCUACAGGGUCCGGGUCCCAAGGCGGCCUGGGACACUUGAUGGUUCAGAAGCUGGCGGCCAUGUGUCUUCAUUUGUCCCUGCGUGCUCCCUGGUGGAGUCGCACCUCUCGGACCAGCUGACCUUGCAUGUGGAUGUGGCCGGCAACGUGGUGGGCCUGUCAGUGGUGGUGCACCCCGGGGGCUGCCGCGGCUCUGAGGUGGAAGAUGAGGACCUGGAGCUGUUCAAUACAUCAGUUCAGCUGCGGCCUCCCAGCACUGCUCCAGGCCCCGAGACUGCGGCCUUCAUUGAGCGCCUGGAGAUGGAGCAGGCCCAGAAGGCCAAGAACCCUCAGGAACAGAAGUCUUUCUUUGCCAAAUACUGGAUGUACAUCAUUCCAGUCGUGCUUUUCCUCAUGAUGUCGGGAGCGCCGGACGCCGGGGGCCAGGGCGGCGGUGGGGGCGGGGGCAACAGCCGGUGAGCAGCUGUGCCACCCAGAGCCUCCCAGAGCCUCUUGCCGUUGGCCAGCCCAAGAAGGAGUCCUGUCCCUCGUCUCCCCAUUGCAUGACUAUGGGAGGCGGUCCCUUCCCAUGAGCCGUCUGGCCUUCCUGUGAGUCAGUCCCUCGUUCUGUCCCUGAGCCACUCUGUUGCUGUUGACUGAGAGCUUGGGUGUGCUUCCCUGUAGCCAGCUCAGGGCUUCCCUGGGCACUACAGCUGUGUCCCACCAUGUGGCACUGUAUCCCUCUGUCUGUUAAACACCCAGCAACCACCCCUGCCCCACCCCACCCCACCCCACCCCACCCCACCCCACCCUACACUUUGGGAACUUGCCACGCUCUCUCCAGCCUCCGUGCCUUUGCCCUGCAGGCCCCAUGCACCCCUCGCUGUCAGCCUUAGGCUCUUUGCCCAGGAUCUGUGGAGAGGCCUCUGCUGGUAGUGGCUCGGUGGCCUCCAGCCCACUCUCCAUGUGGCCUGCUGUCUUCUUUGCCCCCUCUCUGGUGCCCAGAACACCAUGGUGACUUCCACCACUAUCCUUUCUGUGUCUGGCUGUCCCAGCCUGGGUCGGUCACCAGCAGAGGGUUGUGGAUCUCCACGUUAGUCUGUCUUCUGUGAGUGCACACUAGUGACUUGUGUGCAGGUUCUGAGAGCCGGCUUUGCGCUCGCUGCUCGACAGCGGCUGGCAUGGCUGUGCUCUUGCACAUGCGUGGCCAUGGGCACGGGGAUUGCUGUGGGGCCUCAGCCGUGUUGCGUGGCUGUUGAUUAAACUGUCCCCUAAACAGCCA